AUGGACGUGUGGGGCCCAGCCCGCGUCCGUGGACAGGGUCACGAGCGCUACUUCCUGCUGGUGGUUGACGACUACUCGCGUUACACCACAGUCUUCCCCUUGCGCAGCAAGGGUGAUGUCACUGAGACCUUCACGCUUCCGGACUCUCCACAGCAAAAUGGGAUUGCAGAGCGCCGCAUUGGCAUGGUCAUGGACGUCGCUCGUACGUCCAUGAUGCAUGCGGCUGCCCCCCAUUUUCUGUGGCCGUUUGCGGUUCGGUACGCGGCGCAUCAGCUCAACCUUCACCCCAGAGUCUCCCGGCUGGAGACCUCCCCAGCUCUGCUGUGGACGGGGAAGGUAGGCGAUGCGUCUGCGUUCCGUGUCUGGGGAUCUCGGGCGUUUGUCCGCGACCUGUCUGCGGACAAGCUGUCCCCUCGUGCUGCUCCCUGUGUCUUCCUAGGCUUCCCCCCUGACGCCCCAGGGUGGCAGUUCUACCACCCCUCCUCUCGUCGUGUUCUGUCCUCCCAGGACGUCACGUUCGACAAGUCAGUCCCCUUCUACCGCCUCUUCCCCUACCGCACUCCUUCCCUCCCGCCGCCACCGCACUUCCUUGUGCCAGGUCCCCCCCCGGUAGACCCCCUUCCCCCUAAGGGUCCUGCCCCUUCAGGUGUGUCCCAGGUAGAUGCAGUCGAGCCGGUCGAGGUUGCUGGUGACUCAGGUACUGCUGGGGGUGCUGAGCCUGGGGGUGCUGAGCCUGGGGGUGUUGACUCUGGGGGUGCUGAGUCUGGGGGUGCUGGGCCUGGGGGUGGUGAGCCUGGGGGUGCUGCCUCUAGGGGUGCUGAUCCUGGGGGUGCUGACUCUGAGGGUGCUGCGCGCGUGGGUGCUGAGCUUGGGGGUGCUGAGCCUGGCGGUGCUGCGUCUGGAGGUGUUGAGCCUGGAGGUGUGGAGCCUGCGGCCACAAGACCUCCCCUUGUGGCGUCUGGCGGUACUGGGCCUGUAGGUUCUCCAGGUGUUUCGUCUCGGCGGGAGCCACUCUCUCCACAGGAGCUGCGCGAGUGGUUUGCUCGCCGCUCGAGGCGUACUGCUGGAGCUGGCGCUUCUUCGGCCGCUGAGGGUGCUGGUGCCGCCGGUCCCGGAGCUGCUGGGCCUGCGGGUCCGCCUGGAGCUGGAGCUGCUGAGGGUGUUGGUUCUGAGACUACUACUGUCCGUCCUGGUGGUGGUCGUGCUGCGGGUGCUGCUGGCGCUGCUGGAGGUCCUGCCGCUGGAGGUGCUGUUGGCGCUGGUGCUGCCGGAGGUGCUGAGGGUGCUGGUGCUGUCCCUGCUGUGUUUGGUGCCACCGCGCGGCCUCGGCCGUACUUCGUUCCGCUCCUUCAGCAGGUUCUUGGUCUUCCUCCUCUCUUAGAGGGUCCACCGCCUGUCCAGUCGCAUUCCCAGUUACCUCCGGCCUCCCCACUGCCUUCUCCCUCUCCCUACACUGGUCCUACUGGAGGUCUUGCUGAGCGUCGUGAGCCUGCGUCUCGUCCUGCGUCGCCUGUUCGUGCUGCUCGCACUAGUGGUCGUAGUUCGCGUCAGCGUCCUCCUCUUGUCCCUGGCACGCACCGAAUGUCUCUGCGUCCGUCCACUGCUCCUCUGCGUGCCCCUUUGCCCUCUCCUCCUGAGUCCUCUCUUCCUGUGCUUGCCGACCCUGAGUCGGACUCUCUUCGUGCUGCCAGUCCUACUGUCACGCGUCUCCUUGCUACUGUCGUCACUGACCCCUCCUUUGAGUCCACUGCUGCGUCUGCUCUUGUUGCUGAGCUCGUCGACUUUGCUGCUCGCUGUUGUCUAGACUACGCUACUAGUCUUGUUGCUGAGUCUGCGUCUCUCUGUCCUCCGUCCGUCGGGGGUGAGUGUGCUCUUGGCACGGACGUCCUUGAGGACAGGCAGGAGGAGUUUCAGUGUCUGGCUGCUGCUUCACCUCAUCUCGCGUCUGUAUUGCUUGCCACUGAGGGAGACCCGGAUGCACUACACAUCCCGGCUCCGCGCUCUUACGCGGAGGCCGUAGAGGGUCCCUACUCCUCUCAGUGGCAGGCAGCUAUGGAUGCAGAGAUGGCUUCCUGGAAGUCCAGAGGCACCUACGUUGACGCGGUUCCCCCUCCUGGGGCGAACAUCGUCAGUGGGAUGUGGAUCUUCAGGGUGAAGCGGCCGCCGGGCUCUCCACCUGUCUUCAAGGCGCGGUAUGUGGCUCGUGGCUUCAGUCAGCGGCAGGGAGUUGACUACUUUCAGACCUUCUCUCCCACCCCGAAGAUGACCACUCUUUGGGUGCUGCUGCACAUAGCCGCUCAGCGCGACUACGAGCUCCACUCUCUUGACUUCAGCACUGCUUUCUUGCAGGGUAGCCUGCACGAGGAGAUCUGGCUGCGCCGUCCACCUGGCUUCACUGGGACUUUCCCUCCUGGCACCCAGUGGAGCCUCCGACGGCCAAUCUACGGUCUCCGCCAGGCACCACGUGAGUGGCACGACACACUGAGGACUACGCUUGCGGCUCUUGGGUUUGCUCCCUCUACUGCUGCCCCGUCGCUGUUUCUGCGCACCGACACUUCUCUGCCGCCGCUCUACAUCCUCGUGUACGUCGACGACUUGGUCUUUGCCACAGCGGACACUGCUGGACUCGCCUACGUGAAGUCCGAGCUGCAGAAGAGACACACGUGCACAGACCUGGGUGAGCUGCGCAGCUACCUUGGCUUGCAGAUCACUCGGGACAGAGCACGCCGCACCAUUACCUUGACUCAGUCACACAUGGUGCAGCAGGUCCUUCAGCGCUUCGGCUUCACGUACUCCUCGCCUCAGGCCACUCCUCUGCCUACUCGCCACUCGCUCUCAGCUCUGCCUUCGGAUGAGUCCGUAGAGUUGAAGCACAUGGCUGCAGCGAAGAGGGUGUUGCGCUACUUGUGCAGUACGUCGGGCAUGGGGCUAGUGCUUGGAGGGCGGAGUCCAGUGGUCCUCACUGGGCACGCGGACGCUUCUUGGGCUGACGACCAGGCUACUCAGCGGUCGUCGCAGGGUUACACCUUCAGUCUUGGUUCCGGCUCUGUUUCGUGGCGGGCUACUCGCUCGUCUUCUGUUCUCGGCUCCAGUUGUGAGGCUGAGAUCUACGCCGGGGCCAUGGCUGCUCAGGAGCUUCGCUGGCUCACCUACCUGCUGACUGACCUUGGAGAGCCGCCUCGUUCUCCUCCAGUGCUGUACGUAGACAACAAGGCCAUGCUGGCCUUGUGUCGAGAGCAGCGCCUGGAGCAAAGAAUGAAGCACAUUGCUCUCCGCUACUUUCUUGCUCGUGAGCUGCAGCAGCGUGGUCAGUUGCGACUUGCGUACGUGGCCUCUGAGGCCAAGAUUGCUGAUGUUUUCACCAAGGCACUUCCGCCUUGUGAUCAUCAGCACUGUGUGGUGACGUUGUGA